UCAGCACAGCUUCUCAAUGGGGGGACGCAGCCAAGAGCAGACAGAGCAGUCAUUCCAUUGGAGCCUUCCGCUGAGCGCGUGAGAAGGAGACGACAAGUGAGGGGGGGGUAAAUUAGCUCCCUGUCAUCACAACAUAGGAGUUCUACAGACGGAGAAGAGAAACAGACUGAAGAAAGGGGAGGACAAGAGAUCUGCUCGUAUGUGGCUGAUACAGCAGUGACAUGAUCAGCCUCCCAUCCCUCAAAUCCUGGCCAGUUUGUGACUUAGACCCCUGGGUGUUUUGCUUUUGGUGAGUGUUUGUGUUGCCACGGAUUUCAAAAGGAACUGAGCAGCGGGGGUCCAGAGGUGAGAAAAUUGAAGGAGAAAGAACAGCAUUUUACCUCCUUUUGUGUGGAGUUCGGCAUACCUGGUACUGGAAUUUUCAGGCGGGAAUCCCUGGCUUCAAAGUAUGGAUGGAUUUAAGACAGAGGCGUGAGUCUGCUGGGCAGGCAGGCGGUUUUUCUGAGCUCCUUUCCUCCUGAACACACUGCUCAGACUCGGCCUUACCAUGUCCUGGUUGUUGGCCAUGUGGAUUAGCCUUGGCUUCCUGCUACUGUGCCAGGCCACACUCUACCAGACCAUCCAGCAGCACCAUGUGGCCCGGCCCGGUCGCACUGACAUUCUCACCCUGGAGGGAGGUACAUGUGAGGUGAUUGCUGCCCACCGAUGCUGUAACAAGAAUCGUAUUGAGGAGCGCUCUCAGACAGUCAAGUGCUCCUGUUUACCGGGGAAAGUGGCUGGGACGACACGCAACAAACCCUCCUGUGUGGAUGCGUCCAUUGUAAUCGGGAAAUGGUGGUGUGAGAUGGAACCAUGUCUGGAGGGAGAAGAGUGUAAGACUCUGCCUGACAACUCUGGAUGGAUGUGCUCCUCUGGGAACAAAAUCAAGACCACAAGAAGAGGGAGCCCUUCAUUGCCUGUUCUGUAGCAGCAGACAAGGCAGGCCCUUUUGUUUGUGGAAGUCACAGUGAGAGCGAAGCUGGGGAGCACCUUCCAAAACACUCGCCCACCAUAGAUCUGCAUUACCCGCUCCACUCGCUAAAUAGAUCAGUCCAUUUCUGCUCCCUUCAAACAAUUAUACACCUUAAGAGAGACAGGCAGAAUGAGAGGGGUUGUAAUGAAAACAUAUUUUCUCCCACUCGUUCUUCUCCCCUGCUUUUGAUGAUGGUGAAAAGAAUUACAUUCAUUCGAUAAACUCACUGUUAGUGCGCUAUACUGAAUAUGAAUGUGUCAUCAGUAUCAAGGCAGGAAUGCUAUACAUACAAAAUACAACCCUCAUCAGGCAUUCAAUGAAUUUUAAUAGAUUUUUUAGUUAUUUCACACUACAACAUAACUACUCAUGUACAGUAGUUGUUUUAAGUGUAGAAGGCCACAGCGUUUCCACUAUGGAGUAUGUAAUUAUUCAGAUGAGAAAGCAUUGAGCUCAAGUGGAUAUACCAACAUCUUUCACACAUAGACAUGUCCCUUAUUAAUAGGAGCAGAGGGCACUUUUUCAAGCAAAAUAACACACUGUGACAGGAUGCAGCCCAACAGUUUCAAACCAAAAGUGACCUGCCAGCAGAUGCAUCACCAUUUAAUUUGUCAAAUCGGGAGACCACACUCCGCAGUUGAUCAAAAUGAACUCCAAGCGGCCAUGCCACAUACAGAGAAAUCGUCUGUUCCACCUCUGUGCUUGACAACACGUUUCCUCCUCCAUCAGUCCUGUAUAAUGUCAUCACGAAGACAAACACAAAAGCAUGCACAAAUGGUAAACAAUGUGGCGGUUAAGAGAAAUAAUACAAUACUUUUUUGAAAAGUGUGAGUUUAUAAGCUGACAGAUGCAGUCCAAGCUGCCAAGAAUGGACAGAGUGUCUUCUUUAUGCCAUUUUUAUACAGGUUUAGGGUGGAGGAGUUCAUUGCAAGUGCUACUGAUUAAUUCAUACCCAUUUUCUUUGCUUUUUUCAUUGUCAAUGUCACAUUAAAUGGAUCUUGAUGUA